AUAAAGAUGGAUAAAAUUAUUUUGCAAGGGGAAAUCAAUUCAUUAAAGUUAGAAAACAUGAAACUAAAAUUAUAAAUUAAAACUUUAUUAGAAGCAAGGAAAGCUGCUAUAGGAGGUAGUAAUGAAUAAGUAAUAAAUUACGAGGAAAAAAUAUUACAACUUGAGACAACAAUAAAUGAAUUAACUAAUAAAUGUGAUGAUCUUAUUUAUAAGAAUGAAGUGCUUUAAGACGAUAUAUAAUAUGAGAGGUAUUAUAUUAAUAUAAUAAUAUAAAAGAUAAAAAUUUUAAAAUCUUAAAUAAUUUAAUAAGAGAGAUUUCAAUGCACCAAAUUUUUAAGAAUAGAUUAAUAAUUUGAAAAAGAAAUUAGAAUUAGAUUUUAAAAAUUCAAAUUAACAUACAGAAGAAUUAAUCAAGAUAAUUUGCGAUUAAUAUGAAACAAUAGUUAAAUUGGAUUUAGAUAAAUAAAAACUAUUAACUAAAUUAAAGAUUUAAACAAAUUCAGGAAUAAUUAUUGAAGAUGAUGAUUCCUCUUCUAAUGUUGAUGAAAUAAAAUAAAAUGGUGAAUAAUUAAAAGGAUAAAUAAAAAAUUUAGAGUAAUAACUUCAUGAAAAAUAAUAGUAAUUCGAUUAAUUGAAUUAAAAAUACCAACUACUAUUAAAUUAAUUUUAAUAAUAGUAACAAAUUUUAUAAACAAACCAAUCAAAACCAUCAAUAUUUGACACUCUGCAAAAAUCUAUUAUUUAAACUUAACAAAGUUAUGAUUUACAUCAAAGUCAUUUUAGUAAAUCAAUUAUACAAUCCAAAUGA